CUAUUUCUGCAAUUAUUUCUUUAUUUACAGUAAAGAAUGCGAGACCUAACGGCCCAGGUAACGAGCAGUCUGCUGCAGUUUCCAGAGGUGACUCUUCAGGCACUUGGGGAAGAUGAGAUAACCCUCGAUUCUGUGCUGUGUGGGAAGUUUUCUGGAGGGAGAAAUGGCCUGGCGUGGUUGGCAUGUGGUCCUCAACUUGAGGUAGUGAACUCUGUGACAGGAGAGCGUCUCUCUGCGUACCGCUUCAGUGGAGUAAAUGGACAGCCUCCCACUGUGCGUGUGGUAAAGGAGUUUUCCUGGCAGAAGAGAACCGGGCUGCUGGUUGGGUUGGAAGAAGCAGAGGGAAGUGUUCUCUGUCUGUACGACCUUGGAGUAUCAAGAGUGGUUAAAGCAGUUGUUCUUCCCGGAAGGGUAACUGCUAUAGAACCCAUAGCGAAUCACGGAGGAGCCAGCGUGAGAACUCAGCACCUCCAUCAGAGCCUGCGAUGGCUCUUUGGAGUGGCAGUAGUGGCUACAGAUGUUGGCCAUCUGCUUCUGGUUGACCUUUGUUUGGAUGAUUUAUCUUGCAGUCAGAAUGAAAUCGAAGCAUCAGAUCUAGAAGUUGUCACUAGAAACCCUGCUGAAGUUUCACUAAGAAGAGAAAGUGUGACCAGAGAAGGGAGACAUCUCUGUUUUCAAUUACAAACUCCUUCCGGAACAGCAGUGUCAACGCUGAGCUACAUAAGCAGAAGCAAUCAGCUCGUCGUGGGUUUCUCAGAUGGCUACCUGUCUCUAUGGAAUAUGAAAACUUUGAAGAGAGAGCACCACUCUCAGCUUGAAGGAGGAGGGAUUCCUGUCUAUGCUGUCACUUUUCAAGAGCCUGAGAAUGAUCUUCGCAAUUGUUGCUACUUGUGGGCUGUUCAGUCUACACAGGAAAGCGAAGGUGACGUGGUGAGUUUACACCUGUUGCAGUUAGCAUUUGGUGACAGAAAGCGCGUGGCAUCAGGACAAGUCAUGUAUGAGGGCUUGGAAUACUGUGAUGAAAGGUACAGUUUAGAUCUCACGGGUGGAGUCUUUCCCUUGAGAGGCCAGACCAGGAAUACUAAAUUAAUCAGCUGCCAGACUGUAGAAAAAUUUCGCAACCAUGUUGACAGAGAGGAUAGCAUAAAUGAAGUAAUAUCUCCUGAAACCAGCGUCUCAAUCUUCAGUUGGCAAGUGAAUACAUAUGGUCAGGAAACACCGUCUACUUAUUUGGGUGUCUUUGACAUCAAUCGCUGGUAUCAUGCUCAAAUGCCAGAUUCACUCAGGCCGGAAGAAUUCCUUCAUGACUGCCCCUAUUUUGCAUUGUGGUCACUGGAUACUGUAAUAAGCAUGACUUCUCCAAAGCUCCUUUUGGAUAUUCUGGUACAUGAGCGGAGUCUAAGUCGGGGAGUUCCUCCUUCUUACCCACCACCUGAGCAGUUUUUUAAUCCAAGCACCUAUAAUUUUGGUGGCACGUGCUUGCUGAACGCCGGAGUUGUUCACAUGACUUGCACCGGACUCCAGAAGGAGACAUUGAAUUUUUUGAAGAAAUCUGGUCCUUUAAUAUGUGAAGCCAUUCCUGAUAGCUAUAGUAGGUGUCUUGUAGCUGGCUUGCUGUCUCCAAGACUAGUUGAUGUCCAGCCAUCCAGUUUGAGUCAGGAGGAGCAGUUGGAAGCGGUACUGUCAGCUGCUGUUCAGACAGGUUCUCUGGAAGUUCUGACUGGAUGCAUUAAACAUUGGACAUCUGAAGAGCAGCCAAGUUCUGCUGCUAGUUUACGGUUUGUUCUUGAGUGGACAUGGAACAAAGUGAUCUCCACAAAAGAUGAAUUUGACCAAAUAUGUGUUCCGCUGUUUGAUGGCUCCUGCAACUUCAUUGACCCACAGACCUUACAGUCUCUUCAGCGCUGCCAGUUGCUUUUGAGCAACCUUAGCACAGUCUUAAACUGUUUUCUAAUAGAAGCACAAGAGCUUACUCAAAAAGGUUUUGCAGAACUGACAAAUAAGCGAGUGGUAACUAGCCUCAUUUCUCUGUAUGUGCAAGUGGUCAUCUGGUUCUGUCGAUCCGGUCUCCUUCCAGAGGGUUCAGAUGACGAUAUGCAUUUGUCUAGACCUUUCUACAAUUAUCCUCUGAUUCAAAGCUACUAUACUGGUCACCGACAGAAACUUGAGCGUUUAUCAAGAGGAAAAUGGGAUUCUGACUGCUUGAUGGUUGAUGGAAUGGUUUCCCAGUUAGGGGACCAAGCUGAGAAGUUGUGGCGGAGAGAUGAAGGAGGAACUGGGAAAUAUCCACCUGCAAGUUUGCACGCACUGCUGGAUCUCUAUUUGCUAGAAAGCAUUGAAGAAAACCACAAACAUGCAAUUACAAUUUACUUGCUGCUAGAUAUCAUGCAUUCCUGUCUGAAUAAAACAGAAACUUCAAUCGACUCCUUCCCAACUGCCUUUGCUAUCCCUUGGGGUCUUGUUAAGCUUGUCCAAGGUUUUUGGCUUCUAGAUCACAAUGAUUACGAAAAUUCACUGGCCCUGCUCUUUCAUCCAGCUACAAUCAAAACUGUGUCUUGGCAACAUAAGAGAAUUAUUCAAUCCCUCAUGUGCCAAGGAGAGCACAGGCAAGCCCUCAGAUACCUACAAAUGACGAAGCCAUCGGUGUCAAGCAGGAGUGAAGUGCAGCUUUUCCUCACUGUGUUGCUGUCCAACAGGUGCAUGGUGGAGGCUUGGGGUCUGUUGCAUCAACGUGCCACUAAGUUAAACAUAGAAGAGCUGUUAAAACACAUGUAUGAGACCUGUCAGGAGAUGGGACUGAUGGAAGACUUGCUGAAGCUGCCUUUCACAGACACUGAGCAAGACUGUUUGGAGAAGUUUUUAAGGACCAGCGCUAGUGUUCAGAAUCAAGAAUUCCUUUUAGUCCACCAUCUGCAGCGUGCCAACUACAUUCCAGCACUAGAGCUGAAUCAGUCAAUUAACGUUAAUCUUAUGAAUGAUCGUGAUCCUCGGUUGAGAGAGAGAGCUGUUGCCAGAAAUUCUAUAUUAGACCAAUAUGGCAAGAUCCUUCCCCGAGUUCAAAGGAAGCUGGCUGCAGAGAAAGCCAAGCCUUACCAUUUGCCUUCAUCGUGCUUAAGAGAAGUCUCAAGACCAAAGCCAUUAUCAACAGUAGCAAAACCAGCUAAUGCAGGAAAUGUGCAUACAAGAGCAACUUUUAUCAGUAAUGUAUUGACCAAAACUGGAGAAGUCUGGGCAGGAAAUGAGCAGAAAACCAGAUUGUCACAAGGUCAUAGUUCUAGACCUCGAGCUGCAGAACCCCCGGCCACAACACACCCUCUCCCUGGCGAAGAGAUGCACAAUGCAUUUGUUGGGACACCCGUCACAAAAUCUUCACCAAAAUGUUCCAGAUUGCUGGAUUUAGUGGUUCGUCCAGUUCCUUCAUGUACUCCAGCACAGGGUGGUAGCUGGCAGUCACCAUGCAGAGCUUCCACUUCAUUUAUGGCACCUAGCCCAUUGAAAUCAAAUAUGCAUGGUUCCAUCUCAGAAAAGAAUUUUUCAGGAGCAUCAGAACUGAAUUUACUCCAGACUCCUCUUGUGGUUAAGAGAGCUCAAGUUUUGGCCACAUCUGCUUCUGGUGUUCCUCGGUUUACUCCUCAAUCUAUUCUCAGAUCCAGCCUUCGCACCACACCCCUAGCAACUCCCUCCGCCUCUCCCGGACGAUCCGUCACUCCUCCUUUACGACCAAAGGAACCUGGAAUAUCUUCCAGGGAGGAGAACUCAAACACAACAUGGACUGCUGGGGUGACAGAAAAUGAUAGAGCACUGUCUGGACCUUCACCUGAGGAUCAUCAUCAUGAUGAUGGAGUGGUGGAGGAUGCUUGGUCUGGAAGCAGAAGGAAAACAACUCUGUUUACUCUGAGCAAUCCUGAGGAUGAUCAUGCUGAACUGGAAGAGUCUUCAGAAAGCACACCUGGAGAUGGUUUGGAGAAAAUGGAGGUCAGCAAAGAAAAUAGUAACAUCUCUGCCAGGUCAGACCAAACUACUUUGGAGUAUCACGACGCAAAAUCCCUCAGCGAUUUUGAAGAUGAUGUCAUCUUUAUAGCUGCUAAACCAGCCCAUUCUGCCACUGACGCAACUGCCAGUUUUCAAGAAUCAGAGAAGGAAAGAGGCAGUGAAAUGGUUGAAGACAAACCUUUCCAGACGGAACAACCCGAUUCAUCAGAACUAAGAAAAAAACCUGGGUUUGUGGAAGAAUCAAAGGCUGAAUGUCUUGCCCUUCCUGAGGCUGGUAAAUUGGUGUUCAAAGGCACUGAGGCUGCUCCUUUUGGGACUGCAAGUGAAGGUGAAACAAGCCACCAGGAGUCCAAACUGUCCUCUUCAUCAGAAGAAAAAGUCAUUCCAGUUGCACCAAAUCCACAGCUCUCUGCGUUCCCGGCAAGAGACAGUGAAUCUGUGAUAAGAAUCCCUGACAGUGAGGACACAGUCAGUACUCAUUCAGAAAAUCGCCUCGAGGGGAAGUGUGUGGAUUUACCUAAAGAACGUAAACAUGAAGCAGCUGCAGUUGAAGAAAAUGUUCCUUUUCGGCAGGAAGAAAUACCUGUUUCUAACAACCUUGCUAAAACUGAGGAAAUGAAUGUGAUUGAAGAUAGUGCGGGUAAGGCACCAGCCUCCAAAGAAGCACCGGAAACAUCACCAUACAGUGAACAACUACAUCCCUUGGGCAAUCUUCAAUACAGAUAUGAUGCUAUAGAGCAACAGUUUGCAUGUGAUUUGCCUGAUGAUAAAGACGAUGAAUGUGAUGCAGCUGAGGCAGACGGAGAGCUUUUUCUAUCUCAGAGUAAUUUUACUUUAGUCUUGGAAGGAGAAGAAGGUGAAGGGGAGAUGGGAGAUCCUACAUCAGUAGAUGCUUCUAAACCGACUGGCACAACAACAGAGGGAAAACCUGUGAACAGUGUAGGAAAUCAUCCUGAAACCCAAGAACAGGUUACAAACUCAGUGUCCACUGUAACUAAUGAUCAGGAAUCUCAGAAUACUGCAGAGUUGCUCCCGUAUGUGCCUGAACCCAUUAAGGUGGCUGUUGCUGAGAACUUACUGGACGUAAUCAAAGACACAAGAAGUAAAGAAUUUACGUCCGAAGCUGUAGAGCAAUCUCUUCACGAAACCAUAGGUAAAAAGGGAGCUAGAUUCCAGAAGGCCAAAGCGGCUUUAACGACCGUGCCCGAAGAAGUGGAAGAUGAAACCAGUCUCCAUCAAGAGGAGUACGUCAGCACUCCUAGAACACGCACGAGGGGACAGCUGAGUAGAAGUCUAAGCAUUCCAUCUGCAGGUCCUCAGCAACUUCUGCGGGCAGACAAGCCGUUUCUGCUUGGACUGUCUCCUCGGAGAAGUACCAGGCGAACAGAAGAAGCGUCUGAGACUUGAAGUGUCGUAGCGGAA